AUGCAACGCCGUGCAGCACUUACCGGCCUCAGCUAUAUGCGUCGCUGCUCAACGUUUACUGGGUUGCGUUAUAACUUGCUUCCUGAGCAUCAACUUCCGCCUUGGACUCAGCAUAAGGUAGCACUUCCGUCUAAUAAAAGGAGCUUUUCCAGUUCGCCCUUUUGGUGUAAAAAGAAGGACAAGACGAAAACUACAUCUGCUGCAGAUUCUGCGAAGCCGUUGCCAAAAGCAGGCGCAGGCUCCGAAGACCCGCAUGAUUUUUCACAGCUGCAUGACGGCAUAGCGGCUGCCCUGUCUCGACUCAGAGACGAACUCUCUAAGAUGCGUGUCGGGGGGAGGUUCAAUACCGUAUCAAUUGAGAGUCUUCGUGUGCAGCUGAGCAAGAGCAGCAAGCAAUCGAUCAAGCUGGGCGACCUUGCUCAAGUUGUUCCUAAGGGUGGACGAAUGGUGACUAUCUUGGCCUCUGACGAAGAUCAUGUGAAGCCCAUUCGCUCGUCAAUAGUCUCCUCCAACUUGUCGUUAACCCCGCAAGCCGACCCUCACAACUCCCUUCAGCUCAAUGUCACGAUCCCCCCACCGACUAAAGAGUCCCGGGAUCAAACGAUCGCUAUGGCAAAGGCGGCAAUGGAGAAAGCUGCCGGUGCCGUCCGUGAUUCACGCAGCGCUGUGCAUAAACGUCUUCAGGAUCUGCAGAAAAAGAAGAUUGCCAGGCCAGAUGACGUUCGGAAGGCCCAGGAACAGAUGGAAAAGCUUGCAGAGAAAGGGCAGAAGGAGGUGAAGGAACUGUUUGAGACUACAAGGAAGGCUAUGGAGCGGGCGUAA